CAUACUACCAGCAUGGCUGCACCCGCACCACAUAGACAACACUUAAGAAAAAAACAGGACAAUAAGGAAUAUUAACAACAUGCUGUAGGCCCAUAACAUAUGUGGAGUAAGAGUUUUCACUUCCUAUUUUGUUUUGAGCUGCUCAACUCGCCGUUGUGACUACGAAUGUCUUUACGAAUACACAGGUACUCUCCACUGACACAAGGUGUGGAUGAUGACGAUGAACAAUACGUACUUCAGCUUGGACAAAGUGAUGACGAAUCACCCCUGCGGCCAACCCCGCCUUUCUUUCCGUCAUCAGUGGGUUGUUUAAAUAAUUUCCGCAAACGAUGGGCUAUCUUGCUGGUCUUUGUGCUAGUGGUGGCAGUUGUGGUAUUGUUGGCAGUUCUCUUUGCUACUGGUACCAUACCUGUGGGUGGCACGUCAAUCGGUAGCGUGUCUGCCUCCAAAGGUGGAAGUACUACUCCAAAAUCAACCGAUGACCCAGAGGCGCCUCCCUCGGCUUCCCGACUGGGAGAAUACAGGUUUGCCGCUGUAGCCGCGGAUGCUGGAGAAUGCUCAAAAGUGGGGACAGAAUUUCUUGCCCGGUGUGGCUCAGCAGUAGAUGCGGCAAUCGCAUCAUUGCUAUGUGUAGGAGUACACAAUGCGCACAGUAUGGGUGUCGGAGGAGGUUUCUUCAUGACAGUUUAUAACAGGGCCAACAAAACAGCAUAUACAAUUGAUGCAAGGGAACAAGCACCGGCUGCCGCUAAUGAGACCAUGUUCACCAACAACCCUAGCAAAACCGCAUCUACUAUUGGGGGACUAGCCAUUGGGGUGCCAGGAGAAAUAAGAGGCUACUGGUUGGCCCACCAACGUUUUGGUAAACUACCGUGGAAGGAGCUGUUCGUGCCUACCAUAAAAAUGUGCAGAUCAGGGAUAAAAGUCGGGAAACCACUGGAAAUAGCCUUAAUAGCACGAGAAAAGGAAAUCCUAAACGACACUAGCCUCAGCGAAGUGUUCGCCCCAAGAGGAAAAAUAUUAAAAGCAGGUGAUAUGAUGUACAGAUAUAAGUUAGCGGUUACGCUAGAGAGGAUUGCCAAUGCUACCGAUGGAGGAUCGGAAUUUUACGAUUCUAAUUUGGCUCAAGACAUCGUUGAUGAAAUACAGGAAAAAGGUGGCAUUAUAACAAGACAGGACAUGAGAGAAUACACAGCGAAAGAAAAGAAACCCCUGGAACUUAAAAUGAACGACGGAAUGAAAGUGUUCUCACCCCCACCUCCAUCUAGUGGGGCUGUUUAUCAAUUUAUACUCAACAUUCUCCAAGGUUAUAAUUUUACUGCUCAAGAGCUUCACCGUUCGCAUGCAGUUCGUACAUAUCAUCGUAUGGUAGAAGCGAUGAAGUUCGCGUAUGCAAAGAGAACCGAGUUUGGUGAUGAAGAUUACUUGAGAAACACCACCUUGGACCAGCUGGUGAAAAACAUGACCUCCCUUGAGUUCGGGGACCAUAUCCGCAGUCUCAUCACAGACAACACAACUCAUGGCACGGCAUAUUAUGGACCAACAUUUUACGACAGAAUGACCGAGGGUACCUCGCAUCUGUCAGUUUUGGCGGGAAACGGGGAUGCUGUCUCAGUUACCAGUACCAUUAAUUUAUAUUUAGGAUCUCGAGUUCGAGGGAAGAAGACAGGAAUUAUAUACAACGAUGAAAUGGAUGACUUUUCCUCUCCAAACAUAACCAAUGCAUUUGGAAUCCCACCGUCUCCUAACAAUUUCAUUCGACCCGGCAAGCGCCCUCUAUCGUCCAUGUGCCCAACCAUUGUAGUUAAUAAGGACGGUGACGUAAUCCUGGUUGUUGGGGCAUCCGGUGGAUCCAGGAUCACCACAGCCACCGCAUAUGUUACGGCACGCACACUAUGGUUCGGUGAAAAUAUCAAGCAAGCCAUCGAUGCUCGUCGAAUUCAUCACCAACUGUUACCGCCUGAAAUAAGUUAUGAGGAAGGGUUCAGAAAAAUGUACAUCUCGGGUCUGAGGGCGCUAAACCAUAACUUAACAGAGAGAGCUGUCGGGGGCUCUGUGGUACAGGGUAUUCACAGAAGCGAAAGUGCCAUCUAUGCAAACUCGGACUUCAGAAAAGGCGGCUAUCCUGACGGUUAUUAGAAAUAGCGAUUUUAGAAAGCGUAUAUUACCUACCACCGGUGUUUUGGUAAUAGGAUUAUUUAAUGUUUUGAUUUUAGAAUUUUUAUGCUGUUAUUUUCCGUCUGCUUCUUAUAAGGGUUCUUGUCGGAAAACAAGUGUUGAUCAAGCUUAUCUUAAAUUCAUUAAUCAUGUAAAAGGCGACUCAUAUAUAUAUAUAUGCAUUAUUGAUAACAAAUAAGAAGUGUAGUAUCUAUUCGCACAGCAGAAAAAAGUGCAUAAUGUAAAUAAGACACUUAGCAGCUUUGGGCAAAAUUUUGUGAAACUGUUAAACGCAUACAUUUUUGACACUUUCAAGAUUCCCCUGCUCGACUGGUUGAAAUAUUGGUCAAGUAGAAAGGAAAUUGAGCUUAUGAUACAAAUGUGCUUGAAUAUUUAACCUCUUUUUCUUAUAUUUUACCUUUAUAUUUUAACAUUUAUAUAUAACUGGUUUUAAAAUCGAAAUCUUGUAUACAUGUAGACCUACUUCAAUACUCCAGAAGACCUUAUAUUCAAAACAAUUGCACCAGUUAAAAUUUAACACUUAUGCAGACUGGCCAACCGGAACGGUACCAAUGUGCCAUUUAACUGAUUGUUUAUAUACUGAGAGCAUUCCGGUAUGUCAUUGUGCAAUUACCAGCUACACUCAUAUACUGCUUACAGGAUGCAAUCUGUACUACAUGAAUAUCUCACUUACAUUCCUGUAAUAUAUGUUUUAUGUUUUAUGUGUGUUUGUGCUGUUUUUCGAAAUGACUCUUCAAUGAAAUUUGUCAACAACAAAAAAGCGUUUUGUAUUUUUUCCAAAUUGGCGGAUAAUGAAAUGUCAUUAGUAAUCUAUGCAAAUGGACGUUUUCACCCGAACCCUCUGCAAAAUUUCAUUUGUAGAUUGUAUUUUUUUUUUCAAUUUAAAGUUUGUAAAAAAGG